UAAAUAGAAAAAGAAUCCUCCCUCUCUAGACCCUAAUUGCUCCUUCCUGUCUGUGUUUCACUCAGAAAUGGCGACGUUGCAAUCGAUUCAACGAGCACGAAAGACGAUGCUCUCUUCCUCCUUCAAGCUUCGGACAAACGUUAUCAAUGCCACUCAAACUCUGACUACAAAGUCUCUAAGUACUUCUGCAAUUCCACACGAUUAUCAGAGAUUCCCUCCCCAUUCCCAACAACACCAAACACCCUCUGAUCCCACACCAUUUCAGGGCCAAUGGCAACAGCAUCAUCCUCAACAUUUCAACCCACAAACCCCCCACCACAACCCUCCUCCUUCCAAUCAAUUCCCUUACCACAACCAACAGCCCCAUAAUAAACCCAAUGUCCCUCGUUCAUUUCCCGAGCAGGGGCCAAACCCUAAUCACUGGAAUCCUCGACACCCCACUUCUCAAAAUCCCAACUUUCACACACCCGCUACCCCCAAUCCUUCGUUCAAUCAAAACCAGUGGAACCCUCGUACUCAGGGGUUCCCUACCCCACAACGUCCAAACCCUAACCAAUUUCAAAACCCUAAUAAUACCCAUUUCAACAAUCAAGCUUCUGUCCAAGGGCAAGCUCCUCCUUCACCGCCCCCUUCAAUCAUUGAUUUAACUAGCCUGUGCAAAGAGGGGAAAGCUAAAGAGGCAAUUGAAUUGAUGGACAAAGGGGUCAAAGCUGAUGCUAUUUGCUUUGAUCUUCUGUUUGAUUUGUGUGGCCAAUCCAAAUCCCUAGAGGAUGCCAAAAAGGCUCAUGAUUACUUUCUACAAUCUACUUGUAGGAGUGAUCUCAAGUUGAACAACAAGGUGAUUGAGAUGUAUGGGAAUUGUAAAAGCAUGACUGAUGCACGUAGGGUGUUUGAUCAUAUGGCCAACAGGGAUAUGGAUUCUUGGCACUUGAUGAUCCGCGGCUAUGCAAAUAAUACCAACGGAGAUGAGGCCUUGCAGUUGUUUGAGCAAAUGAAUGAGCUUGGUUUGGAAAUCACUUCAGAGACUUUGCUAGCAGUGUUGUCAGCUUGUGCCAGUGCAGAGGCUGUGGAGGAUGGUUACCUACAUUUUGAGUCCAUGAAAAGCAAGUAUGGAAUCGAGCCUAGGGUGGAGCACUAUAUGGGCCUUUUGGAUGUUCUUGGACAAUCUGGAUAUCUCAAGGAAGCUGAGGAGUUUGUUGCUAGGUUGCCCUUUGAGCACACAGUAACCGUAUGGGAGACUCUGAAGCAUUAUGCUCGCAUUCAUGGAGACGUUGAUCUUGAAGACCAUGCUGAAGAGUUGAUAAUUAGUCUUGACCCAUCAAAGGCUGUUGCCAAUAAGAUCCCUACGCCGCCUCCGAAGAAGUACUCUGCAAUUAGCAUGCUUGAUGGCAGGAACAGAAUUAUUGAGUAUAAGAAUCCUACUCUGUACAAGGAUGAUGAAAAGUUGAAGGCCUUGAGUGGGAUGAAAGAAGCGGGUUAUGUUCCUGAUACAAGAUAUGUUCUUCACGACAUUGAUCAGGAAGCAAAGGAGCAAGCCUUGCUAUACCACAGUGAACGCUUGGCAAUUGCCUAUGGUCUUAUUAGUACUCCUCCAAGAACACCGCUUAGAAUCAUCAAGAACCUUCGUGUCUGUGGUGAUUGUCACAAUGCCAUCAAAAUCAUGUCCAGGAUUGUAGGCAGGGAACUAAUUGUCAGAGAUAACAAAAGGUUUCAUCAUUUCAAGGAUGGAAAAUGCUCUUGUGGGGAUUACUGGUGAAGGAAUCAUUAAUUGAAAUCCUACAAUAGCAUGGAUAUAUCAUUUUGUACCCGGUAGCCCUUUCUUGUGUUCCGGGAAAACAAAUGUUGUGAGUCGGAGCUUCGAUACUACUAAGAUAGGAGAUGAAUUAUGUAGCAUUCGCUGUUUUAGAAUUUAUUUGCUUCUUGUUCAGAUAUUCACAUAAUUCUCUCUCUACUUCUACUCAUUGCUAUUACUUGUGGUCACAUUCAAAUUUGCUCUUACAUGGUUUCUGUAUAUUUAUUUAUUUUUGGUUCCAGCUACUUAAUAUGCUGAACAAGUUUGAAGUUUGGUUUUGAAAAGAUGUUUAGGAGCAUCUCUUUACUCUUCGUUUUAUAGUCGGUGUAUUGGGAAAAAAUGGUACCUAGUUAUGUGAUUUUGAGCACUAGUUUGGAAUUAAUCUAAAACAACUGGUAGACUAUUAAAACAGCCGCCACUGUUGCUGGUUAAAUACUACACUGAAUUAGUGUUGAUUUUGAAAAUUGAAAUGACUAAUUCCUAGAUACAUCUAUUCUAGUUUUGGCCCAUUUUGAGUAUAUGAAUUUGUCAAUGAUUAAAAUUACAUAUUUUUACUUUUAUUUUUAGAAAAGUAUAAUAUGAAAAAAGAAUAGAAUGUCCAAUGAAUUUCAAAUUUAUGCAAAAUA